UUUGAUAAUUGAGCCAACUUUUAUGCUUGUUUACAUGAAAUGCGAUGUAUAUAUGAAUUACUUAUUUCGCUCGAAAGAAAAAGAGUUUAAACAAUUGUUCCAUUGAUGAUAUGGACCAUUGAUUAAGUUAGAAUUAUAUGCGAGUACAAUAAUAAUAAAAAUUAUUAAAGAAAAGAAAAAUUAAAGCAAUUGAAAGUAACAGUUCUUUAAGGUUCUUUCCGUACGUGAUUGGGUCACAUGAUAUGUGUUUUGAUGUAAUAUGGCGCCUUUAAUUGUCACGGUGUAAUAAAACUUAUAAAGAAUGUGAAAUUUUUAAAGUGUUGAACUUGAAACUCAACACAGAAUGCCAGUUGAUAUAAAUCGACUAACAGAAGGUUGGCUAGAAUUAGAAAGUGAUCCAGGUUUAUUUACUCUACUACUGGAAGAUUUUGGAGUAAAAGGUGUCCAAGUUGAAGAAAUAUAUGAUUUACAAAAAUCUUUGGAAGGUCCUGUAUAUGGCUUUAUAUUUUUAUUCCGUUGGAUAGAAGAAAGGAGAUCUAGGCGCAAAAUUGUAGAACAGGAUGAAAGUUUUGUAAAAGAUGAAGAAAUCGUUAACAAUAUAUUUUUUGCACAACAGGUUGUGCCUAACAGUUGCGCGACUCAUGCAUUACUUUCGGUGUUACUUAAUUGCCCAAACAUCCAUUUGGGUACAACUUUAUCCCGAUUGAAAAUGCAUACAUCCGGAAUGUGUCCAGAAAAUAAAGGAUGGGCAAUUGGUAAUACACCAGAAUUAGCAUGUGCACAUAAUUCACACGCGAUGCCUCAAGCCAAAAGACGUCAGGAUAAAAAUACGGGUGUCUCGACCGGUAGAUUUACCGGCGAAGCUUUCCACUUUGUUAGUUACGUACCGAUUAAUGGUAGACUAUUUGAAUUGGAUGGCUUGAAACCGUAUCCUAUGGAUCAUGGACCAUGGAAAGAACACGAAGAAUGGACAGAACAAUUCAGACGCGUAAUUACAGAUCGUUUAGGAAUGGCAACAGGAGAGCAAUUGCAAGAUAUAAGAUUCAAUUUAAUGGCCGUUGUUCCUGAUCGGCGACUCGCUAUCUCACAUAAAUUAACUAUGUUGAAAACUAAUAGGCAGAUAGUAUUAGAGGCAUUACAACAGCUUGUCAAGUUAAGCCACCAAGACGGCUCUGAAAAAAAUCAGAAUGAUUCUGAGAAAUCGGAUAAACACUACGAGAAAAAGAGCAAAAUCGAUGAUGAAAAUGUUCUGCCCAAUAAAUCGGAGAUUAACGAAUCUUCCGCGGUACCAGGUAUUAUCGUUGAAAGAAGUGGCGAUAGUGCAACGGAUAUGGAAGAGUCAGCUUCGAGCGUAACUACUGGAAAGACUGAAUCAAAUGGUAUGGAAAAAGUAGUGAUGUGUGCGUUGGAUUAUGCUACCCCUCUUCGAAUUCAAACAUCACCUGCACAUAGUUCAUCCAGCACCGAUACUUCGUCCGAAAUUGGUUCUGCUUUUAAUUCUCCCACGCAAGCAUGGGGAUGGAAUUCUGGUCAAAGCAGUCCAACGUCGACAAAAGAUUUUAAGAAGUUUGUUGUAAUUAGAGUUGCUGGGGAUGAAAAAAACGAGACAGGUUUAAGUCGUUCUCUUGGGAAUAUUAAUAUAAAUGGAAAAAGAUUAGUCUCUGAUAGCGGCCACUUGCAUAAAAAGGUCUGUUUGUCGGGAGAAGUUCGAAUACCCCAUGCCAGAGUAAAAACUAGUAACGGGGAUACCGUUAUCGAAGAAAAAAAAGUAGAGAAAAUCGAUCCGAAAUUAUGUUCAAAAUAUCCAGAAUUAUUUGAACCCCACACGUUUGCGCCCAAAGAUCUUUUAGCGUUAUUGAAAAAUUUAGAACACGAAAUAAGCAUGUGCGAAACCAGUUUGAAAGAUGAAAAUGAUAAGAGGAACAAAUACAAGAUCGACGAUUGUCGCAGAACACACAAUUACGAUGAGUUUAUUUGCACGUUUCUUUCGAUGCUUGCCCAACAAGGUAAAUUAGCAGAAUUGGUUCAACAGCACCUGACUUUGAAAAAGCAUACUUCUGUAUCAGUAAACAGGGUUCAUAGAUCCUCGAAGAAGACAGAUACUCGUUCAAACUCAUCGCGUAGACGUCGAGGUAGAACCAAAUGCAAGAAACGGAAAUAAUCCUUAUGCUUAAAUCAACAUCAAGUUGGAAUUGUCAGUAAUGAAACGUCAACGUCACUGCGAGCGCAUAGUUUUGUAAAAACGAGGAAUGUAAAAAGAAAGAGAGAGCGAUUUUAUCGUAUUUUACGUUACUUAUGUUGCAUCGACGACACCGAACGAUCGAUGCUUCUUUUACUUUCCAAUGCAAACGGAAAUAUUUUAUAGAUAAUCGCAAAUUCGUCGGCUAUAACAGCCAUGCUUAUUUGUUCUUAAUUUAUUUCAAGUACCAGGCGCGAUCGACAAUUAUACUUUACGAUUGUACAAAUUAACUUUACUACGAUAUAUUUUUUUGUUAUAUCAAUGCAAGGUAUCUAUUUAUCGUCGGUAUACCUUUUUGGGUAUUUUUUCAGUAACUUGUAU